AUGGCAGACAAAGCGUCAACCCCCCCAGAACUCACGCCUGCUGAAGAGGCCGCCGCUCGAGCCAAGGAGAAGGCCGAGCAGGAUGCUCUCCCCUACAAGUGGAUACAGACAAUUGGAGACGUCGAUGUCACCAUCUCUAUCCCAGGAAAUUACAAGGGACGAGAUCUGAAUGUCGAGAUCAAGAAACAGAAGCUAGUGGCUGGCAUUAAGGGCCAGGAGCCCAUCAUCAAUGGCGAUCUUCCUCACGCCGUACAUGUCGAUGACUCGACCUGGACCCUGACUACUGCCCCCGACAACACCAAGCUCAUCGAGAUCCAUCUAGACAAGGUGAACAAGAUGGAGUGGUGGCCACAUGUGAUAACCGCCGCCCCUAAGAUCGACGUUACCAAGAUCACACCCGAAUCAUCGAAGUUAUCCGAUCUCGACGGCGAGACCCGGGGCAUGGUGGAGAAGAUGAUGUUUGAUCAGCGGCAGAAGGAGAUGGGCCUGCCCAGCUCGGACGAACAGAAGAAGAUGGACAUUCUCAAGAAGUUCCAGGAGCAACAUCCGGAAAUGGACUUCAGCAAAGCCAAGAUCGGAUAA